AUGGAGGCCGACGGCGCGCCAAGCACGGGCCCGAACGUGGAAAACCCGGCCGAGGCCGAGCUCCUGAAGCGCUUCUUCGCCACGAUCAAGGCGGUGCCGGAGGAGCGCCGGGCCUCGGUCUACCGCGUCGCCAUCGCCGCCGCGGAGCGGUCCGCCCUCGGCGAGGACGUCGAGGCGGAUGCGUCGCGGCCCCACUCGCGGGACCCCGUGUUCAUGGCGCUCGCGCGCGGCGUCGUCCGCAAGCGCGACGAGGCGUCGGCGUCGGCCGCGAAACGGCCGAAGAAGCCCAAGGGCCCCACCGACGCCGACGCGAAACGGCCGAAGAAGCCCAAGGGCCCCAAGGCGCCCCUUCCCGGGCGCCGCGGCGGCGGGCAGGCCUUGCCGCUCUUCCUCGGCCCGCGGACCGUCGAGUCCGCGCGCGCGGCGAUGAUCGGCUACGUCGACGGCGUCUACGGCGCGAGCCGCGGCGGCGCGCGGUGCCCGCCGGACCGCUACGCGGGCUGGAGCGUCGUCAUCACGGGUAGCGCCGUGGAGCCGCUCCGGUUCGUCGACGGCGACGGGAGGGUCUGGCGCACCCGGAACGACGCGGCGCGGAAAAUGGGCCUCGUGCCAGAAAUGCGCCCGCCCGAGACGCGGAAAAUGGACCAGCAGUGGGCGAAGACGCACUUCGGCGACCGGCGCGCGCUCCUGCUCGAGGGGAGCGCUCCGGCCGCCGCGAAGGACGCCGCCGCGCCGCCGCCGGCCGCGGCGGCCCCGGACCGGGCGCCCCGCGCGUCGCCGCCGGCCGCCCGCGCGUCGCCGCCGCCGCCGCCGCCGCCGCGGCCCCUCGGGACGCCGAAGACGACGCCGACGCUCGCGCCGGGCGCCGCGCCGGCGCCCCCGCGGGCCGUCGCGCUGCCGCCGCCGGCCGCGGCCGCCGUCGCGGCGGUGCACCGCGCGCUCGCGCCGACGGCGCUGCCCGCGCGCCUCGCGCAGCCCAUCGGGGCGCCGCCGCCGCCGCGCGCGGCCGCGCCGCGCGAGGCCGCGCCGCCGCCGGCCGCGCCGGAGGCCGCGGACGAGCCCGCCGCGCCGCCGGCCGCGCCGGAGGCCGCGCCGCCGGCCGCGGACGAGCCCGCGGCGCCGCCGGCCGCGCCGGAGGCCGCGCCGGAGGCCGCGGACGAGCCCGCCGCCGCGCCGUCGCCGCCGCGGCCGCCGCCCGCGGCCGCGCGCAUCCCGCCCGUGCGCCAGUCCUACGCGCCCGUCGCGUCGCGGCCGUCGCUCAACGUGACCUUCCGCGCGAACCGCCCGCCGCCGGCGCGGCCCGCCGGCCCGGCCUCGAAGCGGCCCGCGCCGCUCGACGCGCUCCAGGCGCUGCGGAACCCGUCGCCGCGCGCGGGCCACCCCGACGGCGGCGAGCCGCGCGCCUAA